UGGAGGAAGACUCCAGCGGUCAGGAGAUGAAGCACGAGGACGUAGAGGUGGUCAAUGUCGCUGAUGUGAAAGUUGAAAAUGGUGAACCAGGACCAAACUGUGGCCAGCUGCUGUUGCACACUUCUCCUGAAGCUCAAAACAAAGAUGAGGAAGGGACUGAAAGUUUACACUCAGACUCCAGUAAAACUGCAGAUCCGGAGCCAAUGAGACGACAUGGUGACCACGAAGACGCUGCUGUCCCAUCAGACAGCAACGAGUUCAUUGAAAGUAAUAUUUUAAUGGAUCACAUGAAGAUCCACACUGGCGAAAGGCCGUACCUGUGCAGCACCUGCAACAAAACCUUUACUAGAUCAUCAUAUCUUAAACGCCACAUAACCAUGCACACGGGCGAGAAGCCCUACAUCUGCAAAACAUGUGGAAAAAGUUACACAGAACGUUCCAACCUAGUGAUUCACUCGAGGACCCACACUGGCGAAAGGCCGUACCUGUGCAACACCUGCAACAAAACCUUUACUAGAUCAUCACAUCUUAAACGCCACAUAACCACGCACACGGGCGAGAAGCCCUACAUCUGCAAAACAUGUGGAAAGAGUUACAAGCAACAUUACAACUUGGUGGUUCACUCGAGGACCCACACCGGUGAAAGGCCUUUCGUGUGCAACACCUGCGGAAAAACCUUUACUAAAUCAUCAAAUCUUAAAAGCCACAUAACCAUGCACACGGGUGAGAAGCCCUACAUCUGCAAAACAUGUGGAAAAAGUUACAGGCUACGUUCCCACCUGGUGAUUCACUCGAGGAUCCACACCGGCGAAAGGCCGUACCUGUGCAGCACCUGCGGAAAAACCUUUACUGAAUCAUCAGAUCUUAAAAGCCACAUAGACACGCACACGGCUGAGAAGCUAUAUUUGUGCAAGACGUGCAACAAAGGUUUUAGCCGCAGAAUUGAUUUGCUGAGUCACAUGAAAAAUCACCCGGAGGAGAAGUCUGGUGACUCGUGACAAAUGAAGCUCAUGUUGUCGUCCUCCGGGGGCAGCUGUCCACUCCUGUCUGACCCACAGAAGAAGAACCUGCAGAAGUCCAACCACCACCUCCUGUGGCUGAUGAGCCUAAUCCCCUCCCCACAAGGGUUGCAGGUUCAACCUGGAUUUAUGCUUCUCCGUCAACUUGACGCAGAGGGAACGAUGUGAUCGUGUACUUUUUUUAAAGUUCUGCAUUGAGUUUGUUUGAAUCCCUGUUCCUUCUUAAAAUCGUUAUUUGUUGCUGUUGGUAACUUGCCGUCUCCACGGUGCAAAUAAAGAGCUGUUAGUAUGUGCUGAAAUUUCUUUAAACGUGACAGUUUAUUUCGUUCAUCUACAAAGCCUCUCUCACACGUUCUUUUUCCCGUCUGUUUCCUCUUCACUCACAUUCUCUUUGUAAAGUUAAUCUGCAGCUCCAUGUUGUUAAACUCUCUCCAUCUACUCCGUUCUGAGGUUAGUCCAAGUUUGAUAUAUUUACAUGUUCAGUUUUUACAACGUUCCUCUGAAAAACAUGAAGAAACUUCAGAGAAACGAGGACAAAAGAAGAAACGCAACCA